UUUGUAAAUAAGACGUUUGUAAAUAUUGUCGCUUGGGGAAUGACUUCCUCACGAAGUCUACAAACUCCUUUUAGCUGCCAUCUGAUCCUCAUCAAACGGCUCUGCAGCUUCCUUUCAGAAAUCAAAUAUAGGUUCGGCUUGCACCAGUCUCUCGCAUCGCGGCGGGAAGGCAGAACAGCGGCAAGCGUCGACACCGCCGGCAUCGGUCGUUGGCCAAGCAAGGAUGGCAUCGGCCGACGAGGAGUCACUCUCCCCAAAGAACCGGCUCAAGCUCCUCUGCAGCUACGGUGGCAAGAUCUUGCCGCGACCUUCCGACGGCCAGCUCAAGUACGUCGGCGGCGAGACCCGCGUCCUCGCCGUCCCCCGCUCCAUCUCCUUCUCAGAACUGAAGAAGAGGAUCCGGGAGAUGUUCAAUAACGCAAAGGUGGUGAUCAAGUACCAGAUCAUGCCGGAGGACCUGGACGCGCUCGUGAGCGUCACGUGCGACGAGGACCUCCGCCACAUGCUCGACGAGUACGACCGGCACGAGCCCCGCUCACCCUCCAACUCCCCCCGCUUCCGUCUCUUCCUCUUCUCCGCUGCCUCUCCGCCGCUCGCCUCCCUCUCCGACGCCGCCGCCACUUGCCCCAUCGAGCAGCGCUACGUGGAGGCCAUCAACGGUAUGCCCCCCGCCGCCUCCACGUUGUCCCUCUUCAACAUCUCCUCCUCCGCCGCCACUUCACCAACCUCCACCAUCGAUCUCCGCGACGCCUUCCGCCCCACCCGGUCGAACCUCCUCUCCACCGCCCCCGCCGCCGGCGGAGGCGGCGGCAAGGGGUUGCAUCGAGUCCGGAGCACGCCGAAUCUGGGCACCGCGAAUCUGAGCCAGAUGUCCAACGGCGUGGCCCCGCAGCCCUACGGCGGCCACCAGCAGGACCGCCACCACCACCACCAUCACUACCACGAUGGCCAGCAGGUCCCAACGCCGGCGUACGGAAACGGCGGAGGGCUGUGGAGGAUGGGGAGUGGGCCCGUGCGGUACGAGGUGUGUGGAUGCGGAUGUGGGUGCCGGAUGACCGCGGCGCCGCAGCCGCACGUGCGGGGGCACCAUUACUCCCACGCGGUUGGCCCCGCUAUGGGGAGCGGGGGAUGCGUGUGCUUCGGACACGUGGAGGAGAUGGGCGCCGUCGUUCCGCCGAGGAGUGGCCCGCAGCACGGCUUGCCUUUGGGUGUCCCGCCUCGUAAACCUACCCCUACUCCAAUAUGGGAAUGAGUGAGGGAAUGGAAGAGAGGAGUGUGCAGAGAUGGACGAAGCUCCAAGGUGUUGUUUUGGUUUCGAUGGCAAGCAUUGGUAGGUGAGGAAGGACCGGGAAACGUAGAUACUGUUGUCCCCGGUGGUGUUAUAUGAUCUGAGCCGUCUGUGAUAUGGGAUUGAUUCAGUGGAUCUUCUUGUUCUGAAAACCUAAGGUCCGUAAUUUUGUGGAUAAAA